AUGAGCUUGCAAACCAUGUUUAGAUUAAACAUUGGUGGGCAGUAUGUGUCUCCAGCCCAAGAUUCUGGCCUUUCUAGGAUGUGGUACGACGACACGCCUUACCUGUAUGGUGCAUCCACAGGUGUCACCAACAAAGCUACCAAGGAUGUUCAAAUCAACUACCAGACUAUGCCACAAUACAUUACUCCUGAAACUGUCUACUCAACGUCAAGAUCAAUGGGAGAUGAUAAGAACGCGAACAUAGAAUACAACGUCACGUGGAUUUUCCAAGUUGAUCCAAAUUCCAUGUACCUCGUGAGGUUGCAUUUCUGUGAAUAUUAUUAUUCCAAGGUGAACGAGGUUGUUUUCAAUAUACUUAUCAACAACCAAACGACAGAGCCUCAAGCUGAUGUUAUUGGGUGGACAGGAGGUAAAGGUGUGCCGACUUAUAAGGACUAUAUGAUAUAUGUCCAAGACGGUGAAGGGGAUGAAAAACUUUGGCUUGCACUGCAGCCAACACCUGAGACAAAACCAGAGUUCUAUGAUGCCAUACUCAAUGGGGUAGAGAUAUUCAAGCUCAAUGACACAGAAUUGUCUGGCCCCAAUCCUCAGCCUUCAGACAUGCUCCUAGAAGACCAAGCAGAGGAAAGAGGUUUCCAAACACACGAAGGAUAUAACAGGAAAGACGUCAUUGGUGGAGCUGCUGGAGGUGCUGCAGGUUUUGCUUUUAUGGCGGCAAUCUGCAUUACUGUCUUCAACAAGAAGAAGAGAGUUCCAGGGUCAUCCACAAACACAAGCUGGCAUCCCAUAUACGGAAACUCACACACAAAUGCCAGUAAAUCCAAGUCUGGGAAGAGCAUUUCCAGUGCAAACCUCGCUGCCAUGGCUCGAGGUCUGUGUCGAUAUCUGGGCGAUCACUAUAGUGAUCCAAUCACUGAUCCCCAAUUUCAUUAA